GAUUAACAGAUACUGGAUUAAGAUACAUUGGAUUAAGAGAAAGCAGAUGAAAGGAUGUUGGAAUAUUGAAUGCUGCAUAGCUUAACACUAGAGUAGAUAUUAAUAAUUUGCAAAUCAGAAUCUGAGAAUUUAGGAUAUUUUGACCAAAGCACCUGAGGUGGGUACAUUUCGAUAUAAGUACAUUUCGAUAUUAGCUGAAUAUAAAUUCAGAUAAAAAAAGUCAAAAUGGCAAAGCAGAUUUUCAACAUCGACGAGGCUGUGUCCUUUAACGACAUGCUAGCGAUAUUGAUAUUUGGAUUUAUGGGAUUUGUCAUCCUCGGGGCGAUAUGCUACCUUAUAUGGGAUGGCUUUCUAGCUGAGAUGAUCGAGGAAUGUUUCGAUAAGUUCGUAUCAGGAGCAAACACCGUGUUUGAGUUGAAUAAACCUACCCAGAAAAAGACCCUCACUGAUGUAUUUGAUGACGUCAGCCCACUAAUUGAAAAACAACGAACAUCAAAUGGAGCCAAACAACGCCAAUCGAAAGCCUCCUUCAAAGAAGUGAUCUAUCUCGACGUGUCUGAAAAUUGUUACGGGGCAUAUUUCCAAAAUUCCGGCAGCUAUUUUUGCCGUGGAUUCCCACCUCUGAUUGGUCCAUGGAAAAUUGAACAGAUCAACAAUGACGGGAAAUACAUGGCCGCCAUGUUGGGAGUGAUGGAUUAUGUGAAACUAAAUCGUAACCUUGUGAGCGUGAUUAUAAAGUGUGACAAUGAAUCGGUCUAUAAUGUCAUUACGAAAGGCGUUUCAUUGGAUAAAUUCAUGCACCAAUGUUUAAAAGAAUACAGAGAUAUUAAACUGAACUCAAAUGCAUUUAUAAAUGUUGAGCUAAUAGACAAGAAGGAAAACCUGAUUUCUAAAUCUGUUGCAUUAUGGGAAGCCAAUCCCGUCUCUCAUGAGGAUGCUAUCAAAGAGGCUACAGGUGGCGCUGCAAAACGCAACAUCUCUGAUCAAAUCGAUGUUGGAACUUUACUGACAAAUAGCGCAUGGAAUUCGAAUAAAUUGAAGGCAAAUUAACUGGAAACAAAUAUUCAUUGUCAUGUAUACAGAUGGGUUUAGCCAGGCACGAGGCAGGCAAGGCAACUAUCUUACCAAAACUUAUUGCUGAAUGUGUAAAAAUGAUGUACAAUAGUAGCAUUAUAACCUACAUGGACGAUUUUGCCGCAUGUCCUCUACCCCAAAAUUGCCUCACAAAUUUUCAAUGCCUCUGUAAAUAUAACUCUUCACAAAAUAGUAGGUUGAUUUACAGAGUGAACAAAAUAUAUGUAACCCACAUAUAUCUAGUAUAUAAAGACAUAGAUGUACUAACUUCUUGCCCACCCUGUAUAUUAUAUUUACAAAUAAAUUAGAUGUAGAGGGUGAUCAACCUCAAAUGUACAGGGUGGUUCACCACAAAGUGUUUCACAAAUCCGUCAAUAUUAUUGAUAUAUUGAUAACACUGCUUUGCACAAUCCAGCCACAGAUUCAUAGUCUAAGUUGAUCCAAGCUGCACAUAUAUUACAUAUACAGUAAAACCUGUUUAAUUGCCAAAUGUGUUUUGCUUAGUAGGUGUUCACAUUAGUAGGUGUUCACAUUUCAAGGUUAUAUAAACACGUACGUCAAUUAGAGAAAAUGAAUCUGGGACCAAGAAAAAGUGUUCAAAUUGAGAGGUGUUCAGAUUAGAGAGGUGUU